AUGGCUGCUCAACCCACGCGGCAAUGGGGUGUUACUCCCCCAAUUUCCAUGAAUCUCCCGACUCCCGAAGAACUCGCUGCCAACGAUGACUUGAUCGCCGAAUUGAAGGCGCAGAACAACUUCGAAUUGCCCGCAGAGACAGAGCGGAGACAACAGACACUGCAACUCAUUCAAAAAGUUGUGAUAGAAUUCGUCAAGACAGUCGGUCGACGGAAAGGUCUUUCUCCAGCAGUACUGGAAGCGGCUGGUGGCAAAAUUUUUACGUAUGGUAGUUACCGGCUAGGUGUCUACGGCCCAGGAUCUGAUAUCGACACCCUGAUCGUCGCGCCCAAACACGUAUUGAUCGAUGAUUUCUUCUCUGACUUCCCCCCAAUCCUGGAGCGGAUGUCUCCACCUGGUGCGAUCGAAAAGAUGACCCCAGUCCCCGACGCGUUCGUGCCUAUCAUCAAGUUGGAAUUUUCUGGUAUCAGUCUCGAUCUUAUCUUUGCUCGCUUGAUACUUCCAUCUAUUCCCCUCAAUCUUGAUCUGAAGAAUAAUGACUACUUGCGGGGCUUGGAUGACAAGGAAGUGCGGUCUCUUAAUGGCACUCGUGUCACCGAUCAGAUUUUGGAGCUUGUACCUCAGCAAAAAACAUUCCGACUAGCAUUGAGAGCUAUUAAACUGUGGGCACAGCGUCGUGCUAUUUACUCGAACAUCGUUGGAUUUCCUGGAGGUGUCGCAUGGGCAAUGCUGGUUGCACGAGUAUGCCAGCUGUAUCCUCAAGCUACAGGAUCUGUCAUAGUUGGCAAGUUCUUCCGUAUUAUGACCAAAUGGGCAUGGCCGCAGCCAGUGUUGCUGAAGCCAAUUGAGGAUGGUCCUUUGCAAAUCAAAGUGUGGAAUCCAAAGAUCUACCACACCGACCGAUUCCACUUGAUGCCUAUCAUCACGCCUGCUUAUCCGUCGAUGUGCGCCACCCACAACAUUUCGUUAUCGACCAAAGCCGUCAUUCUACGCGAGUUACAGCGCGGAGGAGACAUUGUCGACAAGAUUUUCGCCAAACAGCUCACUUGGAACGAUCUAUUCACUCGGCAUACAUUCUUUUCAAAGGACUAUAAGUACUAUCUCCAAAUCACUGCCUCAAGCAAAACCAAAGAAGCAGAUUCAGUCUGGUCAGGUCUGGUGGAAUCCAAACUUAGACAUCUGGUUGGUGCUUUGGAUAGGAAAAAUAUCAUUGCGGUUGCGCAUCCCUUUCCCAAAGGCUUUGAAAGAAUACAUGUGGUGAAAGAUGACGCAGAAGCAGAACAGGUCAAAAACGGGUCAACCAAGUACCAAGCGCAAGGAACAAAGACAGAAACAACAGACCAGACCAAGGACCCAGCACAUACUGCUGCUGCCGAGAACGGCGCACAGGAUAUUCAGGUCCCGGAUCCCGAGACUAAGGGUGCGGUUGAUAGUCGUACAAUAUACACCACCACUUAUUACAUUGGUCUUGAGCUCAAGCCUCUCGAGCCAGGUGCUUCGCGCUCCCUCGAUAUUUCCACCGACGCCAACAUAUUCAAGUCGACAUGUACUUCGUGGCAAGGAUUUCAGGAAGGGAUCAAUGACCUUAGUAUCACACAUGUCAGAAGUUUCGAUUUACCCGACGAUGUUUUCGAGCCUGGGGAGACGCGACCUGUCCGACCAAAGAAGAAGCUCCCGAAGCCGUCAACUGCAGCGGUUCCUCAGAAGCGAAGCAUUGACGCUGUAGACGACACCAUGCACUCCGAAGCGAAGCGACAAGUAUCAUCGAAUGGUUUCAGCCAUGCAGCCACGCCGGCUUGAUUCAACAAUCUCGCGUCAACUUUGCAUGUUGCAACACCUAGCAUGAAAAGAUGAUAUUUGAUACUUAACACAUGAGACACCCGCGCCACGGGUAUGAUUUCGAUCAUAUUUGUCUGCUGCCAUACGGUCUCGUAACCAGCCAAUAAUCUUUCAUGAUGAGGGUUUACCUGACCUCGUAUGUUAUUGGCUAUAUCGUCGCUUACUCUUUACAGUGAUCCGGUAACCAGUUUGACUACACUACCUACGUGGUGGUAUGAUCGAGCUCGCUUACUAGGUUGGUGAACCCCUCUAACUCUUAUUUUCUCCUAUCAGAGGUCUCCUGCGUGUCCUUGCUUUCGAUAUAUGAAAGCUGAAAGAACCCGAAACGAGAUGCGACGAACUCGGCAAAAGUCGAUUUAAAACGAAAUAAUUAUCUAGUUGAUUGUUGGCAUUUGUUUGUAUGACGCAAGAGGAGCUAGACGACUAGAUCAGAGAUAUGCUUCACUUGAUCAUCUCCCCAGUCAGUAUUAUCUAACUGGCUGAAGCAUGUCAGAUAUUUGAGCGUAUUCUAGAUAGAUACUCUAAUGAAGCCAGUCGUAAG